UCGACAGCCACCACCACAACAACGGCGCAGCCGAUUACGGCUGAGACCAUCCUUCGUCUCUUCCCCGACAUCGACACCACCAGCGAGGCGCUCUCGGGCCACGAUGAGGAGCAGAUCCGUCUGAUGGACGAAGUUUGCAUCGUAACGGACGAGAACGAUGCGCCAAUUGGCACCGCAAGCAAGAAGAUUUGCCACCUGAUGACCAACAUCGACAAGGGACUCUUGCACCGUGCCUUUUCCGUCUUCCUCUUCAACGACAAGAACGAGCUGCUCCUCCAGCAGCGCGCCACCGAAAAGAUUACCUUCCCAGACAUGUGGACCAACACCUGCUGCUCCCACCCUCUGAGCAUCCCCACCGAGACAGGCGCCAACCUGGUCGACUCUAUUGCCGGUGCCAAGCGCGCGGCUCAGCGCAAGCUGGAUCACGAGCUUGGCAUCAAGAAGGAGCAGGUCCCAUUUGAGAACUUUCGCUUCUUGACCCGAAUCCACUACAAGGCUCCCAGCGACGGCAAAUGGGGCGAGCACGAGAUUGACUACAUCCUCUUCAUCAAGGCCAACGUCGAUCUCAACCCCAACGAGAACGAAGUUCAGGCCACCCAAUAUGUCACCGCCGAUGGCCUCAAGAAGCUGUUCGAAGACCCCAGCCUCAAGUUCACUCCUUGGUUCAAGUUGAUCUGCAACUCGAUGCUCUUCGAGUGGUGGGAGAGCCUUGACUCUGGACUGGAGAAGUACACCGAUGAGCAGGAGAUUCGACGUAUGCUGUAA